GGGUGUUGCUUGCUGCACCAAACCUCUCCGGGCACCCAUAAAUACCACGUCUCUCCCUCGUCCGUCUCCGCCGCCUCUCCGAUCUACUCUGCAGCUAGCUAUAGCUAGCUAGCUCUGUACGCCACCGGCCGGCCCGGUAGCAGCAUUGUCGGAGGGGCUGGGCUGGUGGUGGCGCAGGCAGGCAGGCAGGUAGAAGAAGGAGAUCCAACCAAGGGAUCGGAUAGGAUAGGAUAGGAGCUGGGAUCGUCGUCGUCGGAACGAAGAUGAGCAGCAAGGACGCUGUGUUGAACGCGUUCCUGAGCUGCUUCAUGCACGUGGGCCUGGCGCUGGUGCUCCUCGUCUACCUCCCCGCCGCCUCCGUCCUCCGCCUCCUCGUCCGCCCCUUGUUGGCCAACAAGCAGGCCGAGGACCUCCGCGGCAAGGUCGUCCUCGUCACCGGCGCGUCAUCCGGCAUCGGCGAGCACCUGGUGUACGAGUACGCGAGGAACGGCGCGUGCGUGGCGCUGGUGGCGCGGACGGAGGUGGCGCUGCGCGCCGUGGCCAAGGCGGCGCGCGACCUCGGCUCCCCCGACGUGCUGGUCGUGCCGGCCGACGUCACCAAGGUGGACGACGCCAAGCGCGCCGUCGACGAGACCCUCGCGCACUUCGGCAAACUGAAUCAUCUGGUGGCCAACGCGGGGAUCUGGUCCAGCUGCUUUUUUGAGGAGAUCACCAACAUAACCGCCUUCCAUAAUGUGAUGGACCUCAACUUCUGGGGUGCCGUGUACCCGACCUACUUCGCGCUGCCGUACCUCAAGGCCAGCCGGGGCAACAUCGUCGUCACCGCCUCCGUCGCCGGCAGGGUCCCGACAGCCAGGAUGAGCUUCUACAACGCAAGCAAAGGCGCCGUGAUACGUUUCUACGAGACGCUAAGGGCCGAGCUGGGGUCGCACGUGCGCGUCACCAUCCUCAUGCCCGGCUACGUCGUCUCCAACCUCACCAAGGGCAGGGGCCUCCAGAAGGACGGCCGCGUCGGCGUCGACGAGGAGGCCCGCGACAUCAACGUGGGGCCGAUGCCGGUGGGCAAGACGGAGUCGCUGGCGGAGGUGGUGGUGGCGAGCGUGCGGCGCGGGGACUACUACGUGACGUGGCCCGGCUGGUACUGGCCCUUCCACAUGGUCAUGUGCGCCGCGCCGGAGCUGCUCGACUGGUUCUCCCGGGCCUUCUACGUCUCCAAGUCCGGCGGCCAGGACGGCGGCGCCGCGCUGAGUAAGAAGAUCCUGGAGGCCGUCGGCGGGAAGAAGUUCCUCUACCCCCAGACCAUCCGCUGCCAGCAGACCACCAUGGGUGCCAGCUAACUACUGACUCGCUCAAGAUGUUAGCCAGACAUAAAGAUACCACAUUUUACAUGUAUAAACUCGCGCAUGGUUGAUGUGCUGUUGGAUUAGCACGGCAUGAGGAUCAAAGGGCCGGCUGGGUGAAGUUGAUGAAAUGCUUUUAUUCGUUUUCUUUCUUUCUUUUUUUUUCAUUUUCUCUACCUUUAAUUUCUCCCCUUUCCGUUUAAAAGUGAUCAAUGUGUGUAUGAUACGGAUGUUUAGUCGUAGUUGGUUUGUACGCCCGUCAUAUUGGGGGCGUGUGCCAAUUGCAAAAUGGAUGUAUGUAAAAGACAGCAUUUAUUUGCUGAUUUCAAACAGAACAUUAUAUCACCUGGAUGCCAUGAAAAUGGGCGUCCAAAAAUUUCAUA